CACUCAGCAACGCUGGAACCCAUUCGGGGGGGCCUGGGGCCCCUCGUCCCAAGCCGGGAGGGCUUUGGGGGAGGGGUGCGGCCCCUGGCAGACUCGCUGUGUGGCCCAGGGGUCUGGGGGUUGCCAGGGAGGUGGGGGCGAACCUUGCAGGGCAAGGCACGAGUGCGGUCCUCUUUCCCCCACUGGGGGGGCCUCAGGGCCAGUGUGGGGGCAGGAGGCCUUGGAGGCAGAGCCCGUGGAACGGGGGUGGCGGCAGGGCGGCGUCCGGAGGCAGGUGCACCAUGGCCACCAUCCAGUCAGAGACUGACUGCUAUGACAUCAUCGAGGUGCUGGGCAAGGGCACCUUCGGGGAGGUGGCCAAGGGCUGGCGGCGAAGCACGGGCGAGAUGGUGGCCAUCAAGAUCCUGAAGAACGACGCCUACCGCAACCGGAUCAUCAAGAACGAGCUGAAGCUGCUGCGCUGCAUGCGGGGCCUGGACCCCGAGGAGGCCCACGUCAUCCGCUUCCUCGAGUUCUUCCACGACGCCCUCAAGUUCUACCUGGUCUUCGAGCUGCUGGAGCAAAACCUGUUCGAAUUCCAGAAGGAGAACAACUUCGCGCCCCUCCCCGCCCGCCACAUCCGCACGGUCACCCUGCAGGUACUCCGGGCCCUGGCCAGGCUCAAGGAACUCGCCAUCAUCCACGCUGAUCUCAAGCCUGAGAACAUCAUGCUGGUGGACCAGACCCGCUGUCCGUUCAGGGUCAAGGUGAUCGACUUCGGCUCGGCCAGCAUAUUCAGCGAGGUGCGUUACGUCAAGGAACCCUACAUCCAGUCCCGCUUCUACCGGGCCCCCGAGAUUCUACUGGGACUGCCCUUCUGCGAGAAGGUGGACGUGUGGUCCCUGGGCUGCGUCAUGGCUGAGCUGCACCUGGGCUGGCCCCUCUACCCAGGCAACAACGAGUACGACCAGGUGCGUUACAUCUGUGAGACGCAGGGCCUGCCCAAGCCCCACCUGCUGCAUGCCGCCCGCAAGGCCCACCACUUCUUCAAGCGCAACCCGCACCCCGACGCCGCCAACCCCUGGCAGCUGAAGUCCUCAGCUGACUACCUGGCUGAGACCAAGGUGCGCCCACUGGAGCGCCGUAAGUACAUGCUCAAGUCGCUGGACCAGAUUGAGACGGUGAACGGUGUCGGGGUGGCCAGUCGGCUGACCUUCCCGGACCGCGAGGUGCUGGCGGAGCACGCCGAUCUCAGGAGCAUGGUGGAGCUGAUCAAGCGCAUGCUGACCUGGGAGUCGCACGAACGGAUCAGCCCCAGCGCCGCCCUGCGCCACCCCUUCGUGUCCAUGCAGCAGCUCCGCAGCGCCCACGAGACCACCCGCUAUUACCAGCUCUCUCUGCGUAGCUGCCGCUUGUCCCUGCAGGUGGAGGGAAAGCCACCCACGUCGGUCUUGGCCGCCGCGGAAGACGGGCCCCCCUACUACCGUCUGGCCGAGGAGGCGGUGGCCAUGGGCCUGGGCAGCACGGGGGGCAGCGAGCCCUUCUUCCGAGAGGACAAGGCCCCGGGCAUGCAGAGGGCCAUCGAUCAGCUGGACGACCUGAGCCUGCAGGAGGCGGGGCGCGGGCUCUGGGGCGAGACCCGGGCCGACGUGAUCCCCGACGUGCUGGCCCCGCUCAAGGCUGCCGCCGCCGGCCGCCGGCUGCCCGAGUCCAGCCCCGAGCCCAUCCUGGCCUACUACGGCAGCCGCCUGGUGGGCCGCCACAAGAUCCGCAAGCCACCGGCAGGCUCCAAGUCUGACUCCAACUUCAGCAACCUGAUCCGGCUGAGCCAGGCCUCACCUGAGGACGACGCCCCGCGCAGGGCCAGUGGCUGGGCGGAAGGAGAGCGCCUUGGGGCCUCUGCCGAGCCGCCGGUCAUCCCUCAGCGCGAUGGGGAUGGGCCGGACAUCAAGGACAUGACCAUGGAUGCUGAGAGUCCAGGCCCUGAGCUCUUCGACCCCAACAGCUGUCCUGGGGAAUGGCUGAGUGAGCCAGACUGGACCCUGGAGGGCCUCAGGGGGCCGCGGGCUCAGGGGCUCCCCCCACGCCACACCCACCCACAUGGUCCACCCCGGGCCACCAGCUUUCUGCAGCACGUCGGCGGGCACCACUGA